UGCUCUCUGUAGUACUGGCUUGCUUGUAGUUCAGUGUUUGUCUGCACCGCCAGGCGGAGUAGAGACGGGUCAGAGGAAAAUGGCGGACGGUGUGGAUCACAUCGAUAUUUACGCCGACGUAGAGGAGGACUUUAGCCAGGAAGCCGACUAUCCGGUUCACGAACAGAUCGACUUGUAUGAUGAUGUAAUAUCCCCAUCAGCCAACAAUGGUGACGCUCCAGAAGAUCGCGACUACCUGGACACACUGCCCGCACCAGGUGGCUCAGACGGAGGGAAGAGCGCUCCCCCAAAUGUGGUGUACACCUACACAGGCAAAAGGAUAGCUCUGUACAUAGGAAACCUCACAUGGUGGACAACAGAUGAGGACCUGACAGAAGCCAUACGAUCGAUAGGAAUCACAGAUGUGCUGGAGAUCAAGUUUUUUGAAAACAGAGCCAACGGGCAGUCAAAAGGGUUUGCUUUGGUGUGUGUGGGCUCAGAGGCAUCAUCCAGGAAGUUAAUGGAGCUGCUCUCAAAGCGUGAGCUCCAUGGUCAGAAUCCCAUCGUCACGCCGUGCAACAAACAGUCCCUCAGCCAGUUUGAGAUGCAGUCACGCAAAAUGUUUUCUGGUAACUUUACAGGCACCCAGUCGGGCCAGAUGUCCGGAGAAGGUAAAGCUGGCCCCCCUGGUGCAGGUCCUCGUGGAGGUUUCCCUAUGGGUCGAGGCAGAGGCAGAUUCCCUGGACCACCCGGACCUGGAGGAGACCGUUUUCCUGGACCACCCGGACCUGGAGGGCCACCACCACAUUUCCCUGGCCCGGGGAUGAGACCAGAUCUGAUUAGGCACCAAGAUGGCCCUCUGAUGGAUAUCAGUUUCAAUCCUUUCCCGCCAGGGGGCAGGAACGGGAGCUGGCGUGGCAGAGGUGGAAUGCAGGGCCCCCCACGUCCCCCUCCAGGUCCACCUGGUCCCCCAGGCCCUCCAGGACCUCCACCCCCUGGCCAGGGCCUCCCUCCUCCCCUCCCUGGUCCCCCAAAUCGUGGUGACAGGCCGCCUCCCCCUGUUCUCUUCCCCGGUCAGUUUGGCCAGCCUCCAAUGGGACCCAUGCCCCCAGGCCCCCCUCCUCCAGGUUACGGCCCUCCUCCUGGUCCCCCACCGCCUCAACAAGGCCCACCACCCCCAGGACCCUUCCCUCCUCGUCCCCCAGGCCCCAUUGGUCCCCCUAUGGCUUUGGCGCCCCCUCCACACAUGCCAGGUCCCCCACCUGGAGGACCACCACCAGCCCCCCAUGUCAACCCUGCAUUCUUCCCCCCACCCGGCAACAACAACAUGCCACCCAACGACAGAGGAGGCCCCCCUGGACCAAACGACCCAUACGGGCGCCCGCCUCCAUAUGAGAGAGGGGACUAUGGUCCCGGAGGCCGGGAAAUGGAGGCGUCACGGACUCCUUUGAGUGAGGCCGAGUUUGAGGAGAUCAUGAACAGAAAUAGAGCCAUCUCCUCCAGUGCCAUUUCCAGAGCGGUGUCUGAUGCUAGUGCAGGUAACCAACAAACGGACUAUGGCAGUGCUAUAGAGACCCUGGUGACGGCCAUCAGUCUGAUUAAGCAGUCCAAAGUGUCAGCAGAUGAUCGCUGUAAGGUUCUCAUCAGUUCCCUGCAGGACUGUCUUCACGGCAUCGAGUCUAAAAGUUAUGGCUCUGCAUCCAGGCGAGAGCGUUCCAGGGAACGAGACCACAGCCGCUCCAGAGAAAAGAGUCGACGCCACAAGUCCCGCAGUCGUGACCGCCAUGAGGACUACUACAGAGAGCGCAGCCGGGAGCGAGACCGCCAUCGCGAGAGGGACCGGGACAGAGACCGUGAAAGAGAGAGGGAGAGGGAGUACCGGCACCGCUAGAGAGGAAAGAAGAAAAGAGAGGAAGGAGAGACGAGCUCACGAGGAUCAUGGAUGGAUGGAAGGACAAAGAGGAAGGAUUUCAGUGCGCCACCACCUCCCCACCCUGCAUGACCGGACAGGAUCACAACCACCACCUCUUCCUCCACCCCUUCAUCUCUCCUCUCCGUCUCCACCCAUCCUUCUCUCUGUCUGUUUAUCCUGUCUGCCUGUGGAUGGGAGACCCUGACCUGUGUAAGGCUAUGUUAUCCAAACCUCUAUACUUAUGGUAACUAAAGAUGAAAGAAAAGAAACUUUCCAAACAGCUCUUUUAUUUUUAUGAUGUUUUAUUUGACAUGAAGAUGACUACUCGUGAGAUGCUUUUUUUUGCAAAAUACAACAAACAGCCCACACAGUCCCUAACUAGAAGACACAAACAUUACAUCCUAUUUUUAUUUUCCCUCUGCUUCCUGUGCUGUGUACAUUCAGUUUAAAGCUCAGUUUUUAUAGGGUACAUGUUUGAUGUUUUCUCUCCACCCCUCCCUCUCAUUCUCAUUUAUUCUUUUCAUGGUUAGUAUGUUUGUAAAUGUCUCUGCUUUUGAUUAAAAACUAGAUGGUGUUGUAAUAAAAAAUGUUUACUGAGGUAUUUGAUGCAUUUGUUGGCCUCUUCACAUUCGCCUCAUUUAUAUUAAAUGUUUAUUUUUGACUGCAAACUGCUUUUCUUAUUAGCUUACAUUCACAUUUUAGCAGUUUUAUAAAGUGGUUUGUUUCAGGAAAUUGAACCAUUGACUUUUUCUUAUUUUAUGUUCUUUAAAAUGAUGAAAAAAAAUAACAGGGUAGAAACGACCGCAUGAUUGUAUCAUUUGAAAGUUUACAUUUACUGAAGGUGUACAUGUUCAUGCUGCACUUUGAACAUUAUCAAGUAUUGUGGUGGUGCGGGUAGGGUCUUCUGUUACCGUGUAAUGACUCUAAAAAGCCAUUAGCAGGAUUUUAUCCUGAUCAAAACUGUGAUGUCUUUGUGUUGUUAAUGUGAAAUGUAUUCAUACUAAGAGUAAGUCAUCACAGCCACCUUUGUAGUAAAUGUUUAGACCGUUGAUUAGACCUCCAUCCCAUGUGUUGAAAAUUUGAGAUCUCAAGUGUGUUUCCUGUCUUCCAGGCAUAACAUGUUUUUGUAUGUUUAUUUUUGUAACUCCAAAGAAACUUUUAAACAAUACGUGAGAAAAUUCAA